GGUGGGUGGUUGUUUGUCUAUUUAAGCCUCCUCGGUUUGAGCUGCAAAACAAUCGAAAACCUUCAACAUAAUCAACCUCCUCCAACUGCCGGAAAAAAUAUUGGCGAACUGUUAGAGAAUGGGCCAGAGGCACAACAGGCGUCGCACUCGUCCGCGCUCUCGAAAUCGCAGCAGCAGCAGCAGCAGCAUCACCAACAACAACAAUCGCCUCAACCUCAUCGAAGCUUUCUCCCGACCUCUCAAUUCAGUCCUACCUUCGGCUUUCGACUACCAUGAAAUUCCCGCCCCGACCUGGCACCAUGGGGAUUUCAUAUGGCAGACUCGACAUCGCACGAUGAGGCUGGAAACCUCCCACAUAGAGGCGGAGCAGUGUCGACUUUUUGGUGGUGAACCCGGUGACGACGUGGGCCUUUGCUAUCGGAUGCUGGAGUAUUUCGGUGGGCUUGAUUACAUCGACUGUCCCCAGUCUCUGAACGCACUACCUGGAUGACGCGCAUAAAUAUUCGGAAAUCGUCGGCCCUUUUGAAAGCACAACGAUUCAAAAGUGUCAGUCAGACGGUGGAAAGUAAAAAAAGAAAAAGUAUGAAGAAAUAUAUCCCAACGGGCAUCUCCAACAUGGCAUGGAUCUUGAAAACAAAUUCAAUUGAAAU